AUGACUGCUUAUGGUGCCGUGCUUUCUCUCAAGAAUACAAUCAACAACAUUCUCCGUUGUCCUCGUUUUAGCCUCGUUGAUCGCUCUCGACAAAUCAUCGAUGUCGUGCGCAAGGGGCUGGAGCCAUUGAAAAAAAAUCUAGAAACAUUGGACUACACUAGUCCAAGCAAAAGCAGGAAGAAGGUGAACGCUUUGGAUGGAAUCAUCAAAGAGGCCAUAUGGAAAUUCGAAGACUCAUUGGAAUCCCUUCUCACACAACAGACUCCUUCCCAAUCCGAAACCAUUCCAGUGAUAGUCUCAAUUGAUCUGCAGAGUCUGCAGAGUGAGGCUCAUUCCUUAAUCCAGACGCUCGAGGAUAUGCAGAAGGACUACAUUCAUGAAGUGGAGAAUAUGCCUCGGGACGAACCUAUCUCCUCAGUAAUCGGUUUCCAUGGAAACAACUCAAAGAUGAUUGGUUUAUCAGACCAAUUCCAACAUGUCAAAACCGAUUUUAUGCAAGGAUAUAUCGGCAAGAAGCGCGUGUACGCGCUUAAUGGAACGGCAGGCGUUGGGAAAACCACUCUAGCUAUGCAAAUCUAUCAAGAUCCGGAAAUCCAGAGCAAAUAUGAGCGUCGCGCAUGGGUCACUGUAGGCAGAGUGCCUCAACCGAUCAGUCAAAUUUCACGAGGCAUUCUUGCUCAACUGUGUGGGAUCUCUGAUCAAGGAGAUGAAGAAAUAGGUGACUGCUUGGAAGAAAGAUUGGAUGAUGGCAAGAAAUGUCUCGUUGUGUUGGACGAUGUCUGGGAGGAACAAGUAUUCAAUUCCUUGUUAUCAAACCUGAAAAAUGCAUCCAUUCGUUUUUUGCUUACUGGUCGACAUCGAGGCUGGAUGUUAUCAUAUAACCUUUAUUGCUACGAGGUGCGGUUUUUGAACCAAGAAGAGAGUAUGCAUCUGCUAUGUGACAAGGUGUUCGGUGAAGAGAUUUUCCCUCCUCAACUCCAGAAAGCUGCUGCCAAAAUUGCCAAGCAAUGUGAAGGUCUCCCACUCAUGAUAGUCGCUGUUGCUGACAUCCUAUCGAAAUCUGAGCAGAACAGGGACCCUGUCUACUGGAAUGAAGUAGCGGAAAGGAGAAAUUCAGUGUUCACGGAUGCAUACAAUGAAAUAUCAAAGGUACUUUUCCCAAGUUACGGCUACUUGCCUCAGGGUCUUAAAACGCCUUUUCUAUUUAUGGGAGUUUUCCCUUCGGAUUAUGACACCCCCUAUUCCAAGAUAAUUAUGAAGCUCGCCGCUGUGGGGUUGUCCGAUGAUUGGGAUUGUUUGGGAUUGCUAGGUUCCUUCUACAGUCUUGCUUUGUGCACCUUGAAGAGUGUGGAUAAAACUUCGAACGAGUUUACUGUUGAAGAGUAUAAAACUUGUCGUCUUCAUUCUUCAUGGCGGUACGUGUGUAGAGUAGAGGCUAGUAGGAACAAGUUUUAUCAUGUCUUAAAUAAGCUAAAUGAUGACGAAGGUCUAAAAGAUCAACGAGGCGUGUGUCUCGAAAAUAACAUUCUAUUUGGCAUCAGAGAGUUUCGCAACUCAGUGACAUUGUAUUGUGCAUCCUCUUCACGUUCGCUCCUUUUCUAUGGUCCUUACCAACAAUAUCCAGUCUGUAUAAAUGUCGGUUUCGUGUUACUAAGGGAGAUAGAUGCUCUCACACAACGUUUCUAUACUUUCCCAAUGGAAAUCUUGUCGCUAAUUCACCUAAAAUACCUUGCUCUAACUUGCAACGGAGAACUCCCUCCAACCAUAUCCAAACUUUUCAACCUCCGAGCCUUGAUUAUCCAUCCACAUCUGAGCAUUAGGCGUCGUGAAGCCCCAUCAUGUGUACCGGUACAAAUAUGGGAUAUGCGAGAAUUAGAGCAUAUUGAGAUACUGGGAAAGAGCCUUGUAUCUCCACCUGAUGUUGCUUCUUUGGAAAAGCUCUCAACACUUGUAGGUGUGAAUGCUAGCAUUUGUACGGUCUUGAACCUCUCCAGAAGAAUUCCUAACAUAAAGAAAUUAGGGAUACGGAUCGAGUUAACGCCUUAUGAUGACCAUAACGAUGUUUUGAGUUGCUUUGGUUGCACUUCAACACUUAGAAGUUUGAAGACACUCAAAAUCAGUAUCGCAAAUCCCGUGGUCAAGCAUGGUCAUGUUUUCCCGGUGACCCCCGGGUUAUUGAAGUUGCCGCGUAAUUUGGAAAAGUUACACUUGAGUGGAAUGGGUUUUCCUUGGGAAUACAUGAAUGUCAUUGGCUCACUGCCAAGUCUUAAAGCACUCAAACUGAGAUCCUACGCCUUUCAAGGUUCGCGUUGGGAAACACAGAAGGCAAGUUUUAGGGGUCUUGAGUUUCUUUUAAUUGAAGAGAGUGAUUUGGAGCAGUGGAAACCAGGAUAUGAAAGCUUCCCUAAGCUUACAUAUCUAAGCAUGAAGCAUUGCUACAAACUAAAAGAGAUUCAUAAGCCAGCUUCUCUGCAUUUAGAAGCAUUUAAGAUCAUAGAGAUUGAAUUGGAGGACUGCAAUCCUUUAGCUUUGACGUGUGCCUGCCAAUUACAACCGGAUCGAUAUAAUAGGCUUCAAGUUAUCGGCUCUUCUUUUUUUCUACGAAACCGACAACUGUCAAAUUUAAAAGAGUCUCCAGCUUGGCAGGAAGCUGCCAAUCCCACUAGGAAUUCACUAGCGGUGAACGGCUCGAACCAAAUGGAGGUGAAUGAAGAUUUUACGGCUUGGCAUGAGUCGGGAUCAGCUACUCUCGGCGUGGACCUGACGUCGUUGUCGGCUGUACCUCCUAAAUUUUGGGAUGACGCGUUCUUGACUGCGGUUCAUUUGAUUAACAGACUGCCCUCAAAGAUUAUCAACAUGAAAUCUCUUUUUGAAAUGCUCUUCAAGAAACAGACAGAUUACACUAUUAUGAGAGUAUUUGGGUGUCUUUGCUACCCUCUCACAAGGCCUUAUAACACCAAUAAGCUGCAGUACAAAUCACAAGCUGCUACAUUUAUUGGAUCUAGCAGCUCCCACAAGGUUACAAGGCCUUACUCCCUCAUGGUAAAGUUAUAG